UAUCGAACAGCUCAUCGCAGCGCUACCCCACAGGCAUCAUUCAACUUACACGUAUUCUCAAUACGAAGACACCUAUACUGUAUAGAAUGAAAAAAAAAAAAAAGAUAAUUGUUAGUUCUUUCAUAUUUCAAGAGCAUCGGUUGGUUUUUAUUUUUCUUGGAUUUGCGAAAGAAUUGUGGAAGUGAAGUGCUUUGCAUGUGAGUGCUUGGGACCUGACAACGACUGUAUUGCAAGAGGAUGUACCAUGGUUGCCGAUAAGUAAUGAUCCAAAAUAUUCCUUGCAAUGGCAAAAGAUGUUGAAGGAAACUCAAGAAUCCCUACUUGUGAUGAUUAUUUUGAGGCUAUUCAAUCAAGGAAAAGGUUGCCCUCUUCUCUGCAGGAAUCUUUGACGGCUGCUUUUGCACAGAUCCCAGUCUCAUCAUUCCCUGAAGUUCCGGGUGGCAAAGUGAUUGAAAUUCAAUCAGAUGCAACUAUGCUUGAUGCUGUUCAAAUCUUAUCUAGAAACAAAAUCUUGGCUGCUCCUGUAAGAAAUGCCGAGGCAGGGAGCAGUACAAAUUGGAAGGGAAGAUACCUUGGAAUUAUAGAUUAUUCUGCGGUCAUACUUUGGGUGCUGGAGAAUGCAGAGCUUGCUGCUUUUGCGUUAUCUGCUGGCUCAGCAACUGCUGCUGCACUUGGAACUGCUGCUGUAGGUGGUCUAGGAGCUCUAGCUAUAGGUGCUACUAGUCCAGUUGCAGUUGCUGGGUUGACACUUGCUGCUUCUGGUGCUGCAUUGGCAGGUGGAAUAGCUACAGAGAAGAGUGUUGGGAGAGAUGCCGCAACAGCUGCCGAUCACAUGGGCGAACAAUUCUACAAACUGCUACGGCAAGAAGAACCAUUCAAAUCAACAACAGUGAAAUCAGUUGUUGAGAUGUAUCGCUGGGCACCUUUCCUCCCUGUUGCAGUUGACAGUUACAUGCUCACCGUGCUGCUGUUGCUUUCAAAAUAUAGAUUGAGGAAUGUCCCGGUAAUUGAUGUGGAUAAGUUUUACAUCAAGAAUUUCAUCACACAAUCUGCAGUUGUACGAGGCCUCAAGCAGUGUAAGGGGAGGGAUUGGUUUGAUUGCAUUGCUGCUCGUCCGCUAUCAGAUCUUGGACUUCCUUUCAUGUCUUAUGAUGAGGUAAAAUAUUGGUCUUUACUGCAUCAAAAAUCAUUCUACAGUUCCAAUUCCAUUGUCAUGUGGAAUCAUGCGCAGCCUUGUGAGGUCCUCAAAUGUGUUUCUAUGGCAUUACUAUCUGAAAAUAAUCAAAAUGUAUGAUAGAUACAAUGAGUAUGUUUUUUUCAGUUUCGGACAUGGAGUUUUUU